GUGAGACGCGAUAUUGAGUCUUGAUGUUGAAAGAGAGAUUGUUGUUUUGUAUAAGGAGCGCUAAAACUUUAUAUCGGAUACAUGGCUAGCUUGAAAUUUUUAACGCCGGAAGAAAAAAAAUUUUGGCACGAAAAUGGUUAUAUAAAGUUGACAAAUGUAUAUUCCACAAUGGAAAUAAACGAGAUAUCAGAUGCCUAUAAUGAAUUGUUCGAAAGAAAACAUCGUGAAAAUCUAGCAGGUUUGGAAGCUGGCUGGGUCGGAGAAGAGAUGAAGAAAGCAGCUGGAUACAUUGAUUAUACUGUAAAAUCUAUUCACAAUCUGCAAAUGCAUAGCGGUGUUUUCACCCGGGCAAUUAUGCAUCCAAAUUUAUUAGACGCGCUUGAAGAUGUUAUGGAUACCGAGGAUAUCCUGCUACAUCAUACCAAGGCACAUGUAAAACCGCCGGAGAAAGGAGCGCCGUACUUAAUGCAUCAAGAUUACCACUACUUUCCUCACAAAAAACACACUAUGCUAGCUGUGUUUCUACACUUGGAUGACACGACACCGGAAAAUGGUGGCUUGGCGGUAUACCCAGGUAGUCACAAGCUGGGACCGUUAGAGGAUCAUGGAGUGACCGAUGUGAAGACCGGUGAUAAAUUUCAUUACGUUAAUCCUGAGAAAUAUCCUUUGUCGAAAGCUGUACCCGUGUCGGCCAAGAAGGGCGAAAUUAUCAUCUUUUCUUAUUUACUGCUUCACGGUUCGUACCUGAACCUAUCCGAUAGAAGUCGACGUAUGUUCCUUAUACAAGUAAGAGCCGCCGAUGAUGAACCGAUCGAGGACGUGCACAAAUCUCCCUGUCAAGGCCUUGUGCUUCGUGGUAACAAUAUUUAUCGAGACGCAACGAUGGUCAAUAGACAUAAGCAUUAGUUUUAUACAUAUAAACUACGAGCUCUAAACGAAUAUUUACUCUAUUUCUAAAUGGUGAAUGUAAUAAAGCAUAAAAUCGUAGAGUA